UAUGAGUUGUCUCUUUACUUUUGAAGUAGUAGUGUUUAGGAAUUCUUCUCUUCGCUUCAAAUCGACGUCUGUGUGAGGUUAAAUCGCGUCGCGUUUUCAUCUAGCAGUUUUUUUUGGUUCAAACGAACGAGACACACCAGCUAAAGGCCAUUUGCGUUAGAUCUAAGGAGAGAGCGACGUAUACGUGGUUUCAAGCAAAUUCUCCACGGGAAGGAGAUUAACGAGCAAAGUCGAUUUCAGUCUCCUUUGUGGAGUUUUCUCUUCAACGCAUCGAGGGUGGCACGAACCAUGGUUAUCUAAACUUGGUGGUGAUCCACGAAGAGUCAUUGUGGGAACAAGAACACAGUGAAUCGAAUGGACAAGAAAAAGAACCGUGCUGAUCCGCUUGCUGCUGGGCGCCAGAAGCUUCAACAAUUUCGUCAAAAGAAGGCUGACAAAGGCACUGAUCAGAAAAAGGACUCCAAAGGCAGUACAAGCCAAGGCAAAUCCUCCAAAAAAUCUAAUAAAUCUGAGAAGCAUGAGCGUAAACCUGACACUAGUGCUGUCAGUGACGAGGCACAAGCUCCAUCCCCUGUGACUGUAGGAGGAGCUACAUCUCAUGUGAAUGUUGCUGAGGAGGUUGUCGAUUCUCCACAAACUUCUUCAGAUACAAAAGCUCACGAAUAUGUUUCAGUCCAUGGUUCCUCAUCAGAGCCUGAUGCGCUUCAGCCAGGACACACCACUUCUAAUGAUGGAUCUGAAGCGAGAAAAGAAGUAGUUAAUUCUGAAAAUGAUAUCAGUAAAUCUUUAUCCACUGAAGAAGAGAAUGUGAAGUCUAUCAACAGUGGAGUGGCUGGCACAGUGGAUUCUUUGAUAUCUGACCCUGCAGAUUCUGAGAAGGGAGUUACACAUGACGAUGCAUCUAAUGUUGAUGGAAUCUUUGCUGCUUCUGGAAACAUAGCGGAGGGGGAAGGUGUUGAAGUUGAAGGUGGUUCUGGGAAUGUGGAAAAGCCGCAUCAGCCAUCCUCUCUCCAAGAAUAUAUUCCUGAUGUUUCCUUGAUUCGUGCAAGGGGAGAUCAGGUAACUGAUGUAGGGGAAAUGCAGGAAGAAGACAUGGAGCAGUUUUCUGAAUUAUCUGCAAAGGCAGGCGUGGAUAAGAUUGCAACUGAAGAAAGGCAAACAAGCUAUCCAGCUGUUGUGGAUUCAUCUGCUUCUCCUUCACACUUUUCAGAGGGAUCCUCAGUUGCCUUUGAUACAGUUGAACUAGAAGGUAUAAAUGGUAAUUUUAGAAGCCAACAGAUUAGAGAAGCUGCAGAGCUUAACGAAGAGAAACCAGAAACAUCUAUUGAUUUUCCUAAUAACAGAGAUCACGUGCUUUCAGCUGAACCUGAGGAAAGCUCUGUUGCAGAAAUGGCCAGUCAGCUGCAAUUGCCUGAGAGCGUCAGUAUAUCUGGAGUUUUGAGCCACGAGGAAACUCGUAAAAUUGACACAUUGAAUUUAUCUGCAGAACUUACCUCUGCUCAUGUUCAUGAAGGCCGCUCAGUCAGCUUCUUACAGCUUAUGGAUAUUGUAAAAGGACUUGGCCAAGAUGAAUAUCAAAUUUUGUGCAACGCAAGAGAGGCUGCUUCUAGUACUGAGCCAGGAACAAGUUCGUUGGAGCGACUAAGAGAAGAACUGUUUGUUUCGAGUACCAUGGAAGAUAUACUCCAUGUGCAACUCACAGAACAGUCUCAUCUACAAAUAGAGUUUGAUCAUCAACAUAACCAAUUUGUAGCUGAAAUAUCACAGCUUCGUGCAUCAUAUAGUGCGGUGACAGAGAGAAAUGAUUCUCUUGCGGAGGAACUAUCAGAGUGCCAGUCUAAACUCUAUGCUGCUACAAGCUCAAACACGAACCUUGAAAAUCAGCUUCUUGCUACAGAAGCACAAGUGGAGGAUUUCACUGCUAAGAUGAAUGAGUUGCAGCUUAGCCUAGAAAAGUCCCUGUUGGAUCUAUCUGAGACAAAAGAAAAAUUCAUUAAUCUUCAGGUAGAGAAUGAUACGUUGGUUGCAGUUAUAUCUUCCAUGAAUGAUGAGAAAAAGGAACUUAUUGAAGAAAAAGAAUCCAAGAACUAUGAGAUUAAGCAUCUUUCAUCUGAGUUAUGCAAUUGCAAGAACCUGGCGGCCAUACUAAAGGCAGAAGUUGAGCAAUUUGAAAACACUAUUGGUCCAUUAACAGAUGAGAAGAUACAUCUUGUGGAGGAAAAAUAUAGUUUAUUGGGUGAGGCCGAAAAGUUACAGGAAGAAUUGGCAAAUUGUAAGACCGUGGUCACCCUGCAAGAGGUGGAAAACUCAAACAUGAAGGAGACGCUUUCUUUACUGACACGCCAGCAGACUAUGUUUGAAGAGAACAACAUACAUCUCAGAGAAGAAAAUGAGAAAGCACAUCUAGAACUGAGUGCACAUCUGAUCUCGGAGACUUAUUUAUUAUCCGAGUAUUCCAAUCUAAAGGAGGGAUAUACUUUGUUAAAUAAUAAGCUCUUGAAGUUUCAAGGGGAAAAGGAACAUUUGGUUGAGGAAAAUGAUAAACUUACACAGGAACUUCUUACUCUUCAAGAGCACAUGUCAACUGUAGAAGAAGAGCGGACUCAUCUAGAAGUUGAGUUAAGAGAAGCAAUAGCGCGCCUUGAUAAAUUGGCUGAAGAAAAUACAUCUUUAACUAGCAGCAUCAUGGUAGAAAAAGCAAGAAUGGUAGACAAUGGUAGCGCAGAUGUGUCAGGGUUGAUCAAUCAGGAAAUUUCUGAGAAACUUGGUAGAAGUUCGGAAAUCGGGGUUAGUAAACAGAGUGCAUCUUUUCUUGAAAAUACGCAAUAUACAAAUUUGGAAGAGGUUAGGGAAUAUACUUCUGAGUUUUCUGCCUUGAUGAAGAAUCUGGAGAAGGGGGAGAAAAUGGUUCAGAACCUUGAAGAGGCAAUUAAGCAGAUCCUGACCGAUUCUUCAGUGAGUAAAUCUAGCGAUAAAGGUGCCACGCCAGCAGUAUCAAAACUGAUUCAAGCUUUUGAGUCAAAACGGAAACCAGAAGAACCUGAAUCUGAGAAUGCACAGUUAACUGAUGAUCUGUCAGAAGCAGAUCAAUUUGUUUCUGUUAAUGUGCAGAUUAGAAAUUUGAGAGGUUUGCUUGAUCAGUUACUGUUGAAUGCUAGGAAGGCUGGCAUACAAUUCAACCAGUUAAAUGAUGACAGGACAUCGACAAAUCAAAGACUCGAGGAGUUAAAUGUUGAGUUUGCAUCACAUCAGGACCACAUUAAUGUUCUGGAGGCAGAUACUAUUGAGAGUAAGGUUUCGUUCGAAGCUCUGAAGCAUUAUUCGUAUGAGCUGCAACAUAAAAACCAUGAUCUUGAACUUCUCUGUGAUUCAUUAAAGCUAAGAAAUGAUAAUAUCAGUGUAGAAAACACGGAGCUCAAUAAGAAGCUGAAUUAUUGCUCAUUGAGAAUUGAUGAGCUUGAAAUUCAGCUGGAAAACUUACAGCAGAAUUUAACUAGCUUUUUGUCCACAAUGGAAGAACAGUUAGUGGCCUUGCAGGAUGAAUCUGAGCGGGCAAUGAUGGUAGAACAUGAAUUGACAUCAUUGAUGUCUGAAUUUGGUGAAGCAGUUGUGAGGCUUGAUGAUUGUUUACUCAGAUCUGGCACUUCUGGAGCUCAUACUGGCUUAGAUAUGACCAAACGCAUAUCUGGUUCUGUUGAUGUGGCUGUAAACGUGAUUGAAGACCUCAAGGAAAAACUAGAAGCAGCUUAUGUGAAGCAUGAGUCCACCUCAAACAAAUAUGAGGAAUUGAAGCAGAGUUUCAAUACUCUGUUUGAGAAGAAUGAAUUUACAGCUUCUUCAAUGCAGAAGGUCUAUGCUGAUCUGACGAAAUUGAUUACUGAAUCAUGUGGGUCAGCGGAGAUGACCAGUCUUGAAGUUGAAAAUGUAGCUGUCUUUGAUCCUUUCAGAGAUGGUAGUUUUGAGAAUCUGUUGGAGGCUGUGCGAAAAAUUCUUUCUGAGAGGCUUGAACUUCAGUCUGUGAUUGAUAAGCUACAGUCAGACUUGUCGAGUAAAUCAAACGAUAUGGAGGAAAUGACGCAGCGAAGCCUUGAUUCCACUUCACUUCGAGAGUUAGUUGAGAAGGUUGAGGGUCUUCUGGAACUUGAAAGUGGAGUGAUUUUUGAAUCUCCUAGUUCACAGGUGGAGUUUCUCGUUUCCCAACUUGUUCAGAAGUUUAUAGAGAUUGAGGAAUUAGCUAAUCUCCUCAGAAAACAGUUAGAGGCCAAGGGGAAUGAGUUGAUGGAGAUCGAGGAGAGUUUACUGCACCAUAAGACUAAAAUAGCUGGUCUCAGGGAAAGUUUAACCCAGGCUGAGGAGUCCCUUGUGGCUGUACGAUCUGAGUUACAAGAUAAAUCUAAUGAACUUGAACAAUCAGAGCAGAGGUUAUUAUCGACUCGAGAGAAGCUUAGCAUAGCUGUUACUAAAGGAAAAGGUUUGAUUGUUCAGCGUGACAAUGUCAAGCAGUCGUUGGCCGAAGCCUCUGCUAAACUGCAGAAGUGCUCAGAAGAAUUGAAUUCGAAGGACGCUAGGCUUGUAGAAGUUGAAAAAAAACUGAAGACCUAUAUUGAGGCAGGUGAACGUGUGGAAGCAUUAGAAUCUGAGCUGUCAUACAUCCGAAACUCAGCUACUGCAUUGCGAGAAUCGUUUCUUCUGAAAGACUCUCUGCUUCAUAGAAUUGAAGAAAUUUUGGAAGAUUUGGAUCUCCCAGAGCAUUUUCAUGCCCGAGAUAUAUUGGAAAAGGUGGAGUGGUUAGCAAGAUCAGCUAACGGCAACUCUUCGCGCCCCUCUGGUUGGGAUCAGAAGAGUUCUGAUGGAGGUGCGGGAUUUGUUCUCUCAGAGCCCUGGAGGGAGGAUGUACAAACUGGCACAAGUUCUGAGGAUGACUUGAGGAUCAAGUUUGAGGAGCUCAAAGGAAAGUUUUAUGGAUUGGCUGAACAGAAUGAAAUGCUGGAGCAGUCCUUGAUGGAAAGGAAUACUUUGGUUCAGAGAUGGGAAAAACUCCUGGAAAAUAUUGAUAUCCCUCCACAGCUACACUCCAUGGAAGUGGAAAACAAGAUUGAAUGGCUUGCAAGUACAAUUACAGAGGCUACACAUGACCGGGAUAAUCUCCAACAGAAGAUUGAUAACCUUGAAGUCUAUUGUCAAUCAGUAACUACUGAUUUGGAAGUCUCACAAAAGCAAGUAGGUGAUGUCGAGGGAAAUCUUCAAUCAUGUGUUAGUGAGAGGGUGAAUCUUUCUGAAAGGCUGGAAAGUUUGAUUGGUGAUCAUGAGAGUCUUUCUGCAAGGGGCAUUCACCUUGAAGUUGAGAAUGAGAAACUGCAGAAUCAAGUGAAAGAUUUGCAUGAAAAAUUGGUUGAGAAACUUGGGAAUGAAGAACAUUUUCAGACUAUUGAAGGAGACUUGUUAAGUUUGAGGUACAUGAUUGAUGAUGUUAUACAGGAAGAUGGCUUGCAAGAUUUGGCUUUAGCAAGUAAUUCUGAGAACUUGGAUGGAGUGCUGAGAAAGCUGAUAGACUAUUAUAAGAAUUUGGUGAAAUCUAGUUUGCCAGGUGAAACCGAUGACAACGUCUGUGAAACUCGUCCAUCAGAUGCUGAUGUUAGAAGCGGAGAGUCAUUGGGUGCACAUGGAGCAACUUCUCAUGGGCAACAUUUUGAAUUGUCUGAUUCUAAUGUAGUUGAAGCAACAAGUAGAGACAUAGCAGUCGUAGAGACACCUGAUGUAGCUUCCCUAACAAAAGAUCUGGAUCAGGCACUGCAUGUUCAAAAGCUGACAAGGGAAGAAAGAGAUUUGUACAUGGCAAAACAACAAUCCUUGGUUGCGGAAAAUGAGGCACUUGAUAAGAAAAUAAUAGAACUGCAGGAGUUUCUUAAACAAGAAGAGCAGAAGUCAGCUUCUGUAAGGGAGAAGUUAAAUGUAGCUGUUAGGAAAGGGAAGGCUUUGGUCCAGCAAAGGGAUAGCCUGAAGCAAACUAUUGAAGAGGUGAACGCUGAGCUUGGUCGCCUGAAAUCAGAGAUUAUCAAAAGAGAUGAAAAGCUCUUGGAAAAUGAAAAGAAAUUUAGGGAGUUGGAAUCUUAUUCUGUGAGGGUAGAAUCCCUAGAGUCUGAGUGCCAAUUGUUGAAAAUUCAUUCGCAAGAAACAGAAUAUCUUUUACAGGAAAGAAGUGGUAAUUUGAGCAUGACGUUGAAUGCGUUAAAUAGCAUUGAUAUUGGUGAUGAAGGUGACAUAAAUGAUCCAGUCAUGAAGCUUCAACGAAUCUCCCAACUGUUUCAAACAAUGAGUACAACCGUGACUUCUGCUGAGCAGGAGUCGAGAAAAUCUAGAAGAGCAGCUGAGUUGCUACUUGCUGAGUUGAACGAAGUUCAGGAGACAAACGAUAGUCUGCAAGAGGAUCUAUCAAAAUUUACAUAUGAAAUCCAGCAACUUUCCAGAGAGAAGGAUGCAGCGGAGGCUGCAAAGGUUGAAGCCAUAUCUCGUUUUGAAAAUUUAUCAGCAGUCAGCAACGAAGAAAAGAAUAAGCUAUAUGCUCAACUGCUAUCAUGUGGAACCAGUGUGAACUCUCUAAGGAAAAUACUCGCAGGUACCAACAGUUGCCUAGCUGAUAUUUUCAUCAUGGAUAUGGAGUUUCUGCAUCAUCUGAAGGCAAAUAUGGAAUUAUGUGCGAAGAAAACUGGAACUGAUUUGUCUGGCUUGCCUCAACUCAGUACAGAGAAUCUGGUAGACAAGGAAAUCUUUGCACGCUUGAGUGCUGCUUGGUCUAACAUUAACUUGCAUGAGACAUCAAGUGGUGGAAACAUAGCCGAAAUUUGUGGUUCUCUCUCCCAAAACCUUGAUCAAUUUGUGGUUGGUGUUAGCCAUCUCGAAGAGAAAGUAAGCAAGCACUUGGCCACAUGGCACGACCAGAUCAAUAUUGUAUCCAACAGUAUCGACACCUUUUUCAAGUCAAUUGGAACAGGAACGGACUCUGAAGUUGCCGCUCUUGGUGAAAGAAUUGCCUUGCUUCAUGGAGCAUGUUCUAGCGUGUUGGUGGAAAUUGAAAGGCGUAAAGCUGAACUUGUUGGAAAUGACGAUUUUAAUAUGAGUCUCCACCAAGUAGAUGAGGACUUUUCGUCUAUGGAAUCUGUCAGGUCCAUGGUAAAUAGGCUAUCGUCAGCUGUUAAGGAGCUUGUUGUAGCGAACGCUGAGACUCUGGAGAGAAAUGAAAAGGAGAUGAAGGUAAUCAUCGCCAAUUUGCAAAGGGAGUUACACGAAAAGGACAUCCAAAAUAAUAGGACGUGCAAUGAACUUGUGGGUCAAGUUAAGGAAGCCCAGGCUGGUGCAAAAAUCUUUGCGGAAGAUCUUCAAUCUGCAAGUGCCCGGAUGCGUGAUAUGCAAGACCAGCUGGGUAUUUUGGUUCGGGAACGGGAUUCUAUGAAGGAGAGAGUAAAAGAGCUGCUAGCAGGGCAGGCGUCACACUCAGAAUUACAGGAGAAGGUCACAUCUCUUAGUGAUCUACUAGCUGCGAAAGACCUAGAAAUUGAGGCCUUAAUGCAAGCGCUUGACGAGGAAGAGUCUCAGAUGGAGGAUCUGAAACUCAGAGUUACAGAAUUAGAACAGGAAGUGCAACAGAAGAACCUAGACUUGCAGAAAGCUGAAGCUUCUCGUGGGAAGAUUUCCAAAAAGCUAUCAAUUACUGUGGAUAAAUUCGAUGAGCUCCAUCACCUCUCUGAAAAUCUUCUUGCUGAAAUCGAGAAACUUCAACAGCAAGUGCAAGAUCGGGAUACAGAGGUUUCUUUCUUAAGACAAGAAGUCACUAGGUGCACCAAUGAGGCUCUUGCUGCUUCUCAGAUGGGCACUAAGAGAGAUUCAGAAGAGAUCCAAACUGUACUGUCUUGGUUCGACACGAUAGCUUCACUACUUGGUAUAGAAGAUUCGCUGUCCACUGAUGCUGACAGUCAUAUAAACCACUACAUGGAGACAUUUGAGAAAAGGAUAGCGUCUAUGCUAUCUGAAAUAGACGAAUUACGGUUGGUUGGACAAAGCAAGGACGUUUUGCUUGAAGGCGAGAGGAGUAGAGUGGCUGAGCUCAGACAGAAAGAAGCAACUCUUGAGAAAUUCUUACUUGAGAAAGAAUCCCAACAAGACAUUUCAACAAGCUCGACGUCAGAGAUCGUUGAAGUGGAACCUCUGAUAAACAAGUGGACAAAAACAUCGAUUCCAUCACAAGUCCGGAGUUUGCGUAAGGGAAAUAUGGAUCAAGUCGCCAUUAGUAUAGAUGCAGAUCAAACUGAUCAAAGCGGUAGCUUAGAAGAAGAUGAUGAUAAAGCUCAUGGUUUCAGAUCACUCUCUACGUCAAGAAUCAUUCCUAGAUUCACAAGACCCAUCACUAACAUGGUCGAUGGUUUAUGGGUCUCUUGUGAUCGGACGCUCAUGAGACAACCUGCUUUACGGUUAGGGAUCAUGCUAUACUGGGCGAUAUUGCAUGCUCUUUUGGCUGCUUUCGUGGUCUAACCAAACUUCCAAUUUCCUGGUUUCUCGUUAUAGCAUGCAUGGGCUCAUCAAAGUGGUGAUGUGUUGUCGUCUCCAACACUAAUUUUUUUUUUUUUUUUUUUUUUUUUUUUUUGUCUUUGUCUUUGUUUUUAAUUCAUUGUUUAGCUUAUAUUAACCAAGCAAACUGUGGUUUCAGCAUUUUUAUUGAUCCGAAUCACAAACUGCUUGGGUUUUCAAACGAAUAAGAAAGAAAGUUUAUUUAGUAGCUGUGGAAUGAAAGUGUGAUUUAACUAGAGAGACUUGAAGUUCUAUUAUUUUUCUUUUUCCCUAUUCUGCUAUUCAUUAUUUUCAGAAAUACAAAG